AUGAACAGAUAUGAUAUCUCAGAUGACCCCAAAGAUGUUAGCACAGGUAUUUUCUGUGGAACUGCAGGAAAUCAUACACAUGUUGUAGCUGGUAUUACAGACCCAGCAGGUAAUGGAAAAGAUUAUAUGCCUCCUUAUAUAACAAUGCACGCUUGGAUACGAGUUGGUUAA